AUGCCUAUCUCUAAGAACAACAAGGAUAUUUUUACGCUUUUUGAUAAGAAGGGUCAAGGUGCCAUCUCGAAGGAAUUAUUCGGGGACUACUUACGUGCCAUUGGUUAUAACCCAACGAACCAACAAGUCUCUGAUAUCUUGGAAAGUGCAGGUGUUGAUUCCAAUCUUUCUUUGAAUGAGAUUACAAAGAUAGUGGAAGAUAAUCAAAAAGAACUAGACGCUACAACUCAGGGGAAAGUGGAAGAUUUUGUCAAGGCAUUCCAAGUGUUUGAUAAGGAAAACACUGGGAAGGUUUCUGUUGGUGAUAUAAGAUAUAUGUUGACUGGUCUUGGUGAGAAGUUGACUGAUGAGGAGGUCGAUGAAUUAUUGAAAGGUGUUGAAAUUGAUGGUGAAGGUCAAAUAGAUUACAAGAAAUUCAUUGAAGAUGUUUUAAGACAGUAA